AUGGAAACAGCUGACGUUGCAGAUGUCGGCAAAGUGAUUCCCGACAGGGAUCGCGAAAGCCGCGAGCCUAGAGACAAGAGCCCUAGUCGCUACCACCGGCGCGACCGCUCGAUGUCACGUAGCCCGAGAAGGUACCACCGAUCGCGGAGGCACUCGGAUAGCUACAGCUCAUCGCGCGGCCAUCGCGAACGAUCGCACCGAAGGCACUCCAGACACAGCCGUUCCAUCAGCCGAGACCGCGAAUCAUCCAGGAGGCGCCACAGCAGGUCCACUCGCAGAGAGCGUAGCCCAUCACGACAACGCAGCUAUCGUGAGAGCGAGAAGCGAAGCAGGGCGCGCGAUGAAAGGGCGCCUGUGGACCCGGAAGAGCGCGCCAGAUUGGAGCACGAGCAGAGGAGACAGCGUGAGAUUGAGGAGGCGCAGCGCGAGGACCUCACCGUGCUCGUGAUCAACCUACACCUCGGCGCAGAUGAACGCAAAAUAUACGAAGCAUUCAGUGAACAUGCAGGAAAAGUGCGAGAUGUGCAAUGCGUGCGCGACGCCAGGUCCGGAAGGUCAAAGGGAGUGGCGUACGUGGAGUUCUACACGCAGGAGUCUGUCAUCAAGGCGCUCGCGAUGAACGGGUUUGAACUGAACGGUCAACGCAUUCGUGUCCAGUCAUCGCAGGCUGAGAAGAACAGGGCGGCGAGGGCGGCGAAGCUCAUCCAGCAACAGACGGUCGAGGUCGCCGACUCGCCGUUCACCGUCCAGGUCACAGGACUGACAGGGUCCCUGUCCGCCAUCACCGAGGUCGAGAUCAAGCAGAUGUUCUCGCCCUUCGGGACCAUUAUCAACGUCGAAAUCAUGCGCGACCCGCACUCUGGUCUGCCGCUAGGUCACGCGUUCCUCAAGUUCAAACGCGCGUCGGAGGCUAAGGAGGCCGUGUCCGCGAUGAACGGCUUCGACAUCGGAGGUCAGACAAUCAAAGUGGCAUAUGCAACAGGCGCUAAUGCAACCGGAAGGCUGGCGUCACAUGGAGAAGUUGACAUUGAGCGUCUGGAUGAGGACGGAGGCGGCCUCAUUUCAGGCGCCAACAACAAAAUCGCAUUGAUGCACAAGCUACAAAGGACAUCGUCUUCGGAUACUGCCGGUGCAGCGCAAUCGGCACAAUCGGUGGCCCACACCGGCAUAUCGAACGCGCCAACGUGUAACGUGAUCCUGAAUAACAUGUUCAGCUCAUCAGAUCCCACGGUAUCGGAGCCCAACUUCUUCAGUGAAGUGGAGGAAGACGUGAACGAUGAGUGCAACAAAUACGGUAAGGUAGUCAAAGUAUACAUCAACAGGCAAGCCGUGGACGGAAAGGUCUGGGUCAAGUUCGGGAACCUUUUGGACGCCACGGUGGCAUAUCGAAGCCUCAACGGGCGCGUAUUCGCGGGUAACACCAUCAAGGUCGAAUAUGUCACGGAUGACCACUGGCAGAAGAUGGUCAGGUAG